AUGAAGAUCGGACAUCAGCUCAGGUUCAUUGUCAUCCACAAGCAAGCUGACUCUCUGUUUUCACUGAUCGCUGAUGGGCAAUACCGCGCAACCUUACUGGGUCGUGACAAGUGGAAAGAGUUGAUUGGUUCGCAAGGAUCAUUACAGUACAACUGCGAAAAAGAAGGGUUUAAUGUCGUUUGUAGUCGGAGUGGACAUUCUAAAGCCAGAAUUGGUAUUGUUAGCGAAAACAAGAAUAGGUGUGGCUCGUGUGACUCAAGGAUCGGAUUUGGCACAGAAGGGUACCCUGACGGCUCAAACACGUGUGGUAACGAGGCCGUUAUCAAUCCAGAUAAUGGAGACAAACACCUAAAAGCCAUGGGAUACAUCUUGGUACAAUAA